AUGGAGGAAGAAGAAUUAAGCUAUGAUGAACUCAAAAAGAGAAUGUGGAAGGACCGGAUGCGUUUGCACAAGUUCAAGAAGAAGGGAGAGAGUAAAUUAUUAUUAGAAGAAGAAGAAGAGAUUGAUGAGUUUAAAGCUCAAGAACAAUAUAUAUGUAGAAGGAGAAAGAUGUCCAAAGCUCAAGAUUCUAUUCUCAAGUACAUGGUAAAAAUCAUGGAGGUUUGCAAGGGUGAAGGCUUUGUGUAUGGAAUUGUGUCAGAGAAGGGGAAGUUGGUGAGUGGCUGUUCAGAUAGUUUGCAACAAUGGUGGAAGGAGAAAGUAAGAUUUGAUCAAAAUGCCCCUAUUGCCAUUGCUAAAUCCUUGCCCAAAUUAGUAGAGGAGGAGAACAUGUUGGAUCCUAAUUCCUCAUUUAUGUGUCUUCUUGAAGAAUUGCAAGACACUACUUUAAGCUCCAUACUUUCAGCUCUAAUGCAACAUUGUAUCCCUCCACAAAGGAGGUUCCCUUUGGAGAGAGGUUCACCCCCACCUUGGUGGCCAACAGGGAAUGAACUUUGGUGGGGUGAUCAAGGGUUGUCCCAAGAACAAGGUCCACCACCUUAUAGGAAACCCCAUGGUUUGAAAAAAGCAUGGAAAGUAAGUGUUUUGGCUGCAAUUGUCAAACACAUGUCUCCUGAUUUAGGCAGGAUGAGGAGAUUGGUGAAUCAAUCCAAGAACUUACAAAACAAGAUGACAGCCAAAGAAACAUCUACUUGGUCUAAAGUUGUUAACCAAGAAGAAGUCCUUCUCAAGUUGACUAGGUCUCUCAAGAUUUCAACAUCCAAAGAAGAAGAAAAUAAGGAUAAAGAAGAUCAAUUAGAUCUUGCUUUUGUUCCCCAAAUGUUGAGAAAAAAUGACAAGAGGAAGUCCAUUAUCUUUGAUCAUGAUGUUAACAUGGAAGAUGUAUUGUAUGCAUGCCAAAACAUGAAUUGUCCACAAAGUCAAUUAGGGUUGGGAUUUGAGGACAAGAAUUCAAGAAUUGAACAUGAGUCAAGUUGCUCUUAUGGUAAAAUUAAAAGUGAUCAAAAUAAUCAAGAAAGUGCCUAUGACAACUUUUCUGGCUUGAUUGGAGAAAUAAAAAAGCCACAAGAAGCAAUGGAAAUCACUAUCCAACAAGAUUUUGAAAACUAUCAUGCACAAAAAUUAGUUCAUGGAGUGGUGGAAAAUUUUGGAAACUUUUGGGAUGAUGAUGCAACAACUAAUGAGAACAUGAACUCAUCACAAGAUGUUCUAAAUCGUGAAGUUGCAAUUUCUAUUUGGGAUUUGGAUUGUGAUGAUAGCUAUAUAGAUCAUGUUAUCUAA